AUGGAGGGUAAUAAUUUGUUGAGAGUGAGAAAAGGUGCAUGGACUAGAGAGGAAGAUGAACUUCUCAGGCAAUACAUUCAACAGUACGGUGAAGGCAAAUGGCAUCAAGUUUCUCUCAAAGCAGGCUUGAAUAGAUGCAGGAAAAGCUGUAGACUGAGGUGGUUGAACUACUUGAGCCCAAAUAUCAAAAGAGGAGACUUUACAGAAGAUGAAGUGGACCUAAUGGUCAGGCUUCGAAAGCUUUUAGGAAACAGGCAAGUACAAUCUGAACUUCUCUUUCGUAGCUAA